UCAUCGCAAUUAAUUUAACUGUAUACUUUAACUAGUUAUUUAAACAUGUGACCUCAAGUUCAAAAUUGUAUUUGAAAAGAUACGUUUUUCUGUAAAACAUUGUUUAGUUUGACUUGAUAAGCAUCAAAUAUUAGAUUUAGUUGGACACGUUCUGGCUGGUAAAAGUAUAAACACUUUCUCUUCACUUUCACUCACUUGAUUUGUGAAUUUCAGCUUUAUUUUAAGCUGGACUUUGCUGGAUGGUUGGUGAUGAAAGGGAUAAGGGGAUGAGCAGCAUGGAGGACUAUGACGAUUUUGAGUCUGGAAGCCUGGGGGACUCUGCCUCCUUGGAUGGAGUUGAUGACGAUGAAGACGAAGAAGACGAUGAGGAGGAACCCAAGCUCAACUUUAUCCGAAUUCGCAAUGACCUUUUAGGCAUAUUGGAAAAGGACGCCGUGAGUUGUGUUGCAGUACAUUCCAAGUUCUUGUGCAUCGGAAGUCAUCGAGGAGAGCUGUACAUUAUGGACCACUUGGGAAACAAUGUGACACCUUCUCCGAGAGGAUCCUUUCCUGCCCACAAAAUAAUGAUAAACUGUAUUUCCAUUGAUGCCGAGGGUGAACAUAUUGCAACUUGUUCCGAUGAUGGCAAAGUCAUUGUUUUCAAUCUUUGUGAUGGUCAUUGCGAGACUACCCUUUCCUUGGACAAGAAACUUCGAUGCGUGGCAAUUGAUCCUCAGUACAGUAAAAGCAGCUUUAGUCGAAGAUUUCUAGUCGGAAGUGAUAGUGCCAUGCUUUACCAAAGAAACAUUUUUAACUUGCUAAAGCCAUUCCCCAUUUUGGAAGGAGGCAUUGUUUCCACGAUUAAAUGGGGCAGUCGUUUCGUUGCGUGGAGUUGGAAGGACGAAGUUCGAAUCUACGAUAUCGAAGAGGAAAUAAUGAUAAGCCGUGUUAGAUUCGAGUGGGAAAGCAACAACCUCGUCAACAACAGCUUGAUAGAGCCUUCUUCCUUACAUAUGUCCAGCAAUGGGUCAAAGGAGAAUCUAAUUAAAACUUUGCAUGAAAAAUAUCGGUGCAAUAUUUUUUGGAAGGAUAAAUACACGGUGUUUAUUGGAUGGGCUGACAUAAUCAAGAUUUGUCAAGUGGUGGAAAUUAAAAAUAAAAACAUUCAACCUGGUGCUCCUUCUCACUACGUGAAGAUCUCUUGCAUGUUCACGACCGACUUCUGGACCUGUGGAAUUUCUUCCUUUAGUAAUUACACCACUGUGCUAUCCCUCACAAAAGAGUUUAUGGCCAUUGGAAAUGGUGACACUAAUAAUGAAUAUGCAAAAAAUAAUAACCUACCAAACGUCCAAAUUUUGGAGACAGACACAACCUCUUAUAAUGUGCUACAAGCGGACGCACUUCGUACUCGAGGAUACACAGAAUACAAACCGUUAGAUUAUCAUUUAGAAUCCCUUAUAGACGAAAUUUUAUUCUUCAUUGUGUCCCCAAAGGAUAUUAUUCUUGCUAAAGCAAGGGAUCAGGAUGACCAUAUUCAAUGGCUAAUGGAGCGCAAAAAAUUUGAAGAGGCUCUAGAAGUGGCCAUUCAGGAUCCAAAAUCAUUACAACGGCAUUCAGUCAUGAAUGUGGGACUGGCAUACUUGGAUCAUCUCGUUGAAAAUGAAAUGUUUGCAGACGCUGGAAAGUUGUGUUUUAAACUUUUUGGCAAAGAAAGCCCAGAAAAAUGGGAAGAACAAGUUCUCAGAUUUGUCCCCCAUGGGCAACUCAGAGCAAUCGCACCCUACCUUCCCCGAGGAGAAUCGUCCAAACUUCAGCCAUAUUUUUAUGAAAUGAUUUUAUAUGACUACCUUAAAAAUGACCAGAGUGCUUUCCUCGGGCUCAUCCGAGAGUGGAACCCACCCCCAGAGCUGUUUAAUGUUACAACCAUCAUCAAUGCUGUCGUUGAUCACUUAAUUAUUUAUGACCCAGAAAAUCGAUUCCUCCUCCAAGCCCUUGCAGAUCUGUAUUCAUACCAAAAGAAAUUUGGAAAAGCUUUGGCAAUGUACUUGAAGUUGCAGGACCCUCAGGUAUUUUCGUUGAUUCAGAGGUAUGGACUCUAUGAAGAAAUAGAAAGCUGCAUUGAAGACCUCAUGCAUUUAAACGUCAGUGAAGCCAUUAAUCUUUUCAUGAAACACAAGGAACGCUUAACGCCAUCCAUUGUAAUUAGUCGACUUGAAGGAAACAGAUAUUAUCAAUACUUGUAUUUGGACGUGCUAUACAAGGGAGAAGGAAAAGACAUGAAACCUGAGUUUAAUGGGAUGAUGGUUUCACUUUAUGCCGAUUAUGGUCCCUCUUACCUUCUUCAAUUUCUCAAGUCAUCAGACAGCUACCCUAUUCAAGAAGCCCUAGAUAUUUGCAAGCAACGGAAGCUAUAUGCUGAAAUGAUUUUUCUAUUGGGGCGAAUGGGGAACACAAAAGAGGCUUUGCGUUUAAUUAUUUACGUUCUGGAUGAUAUUUAUCAAGCGAUUGACUUUUGCAAAGAACAUGAUGAUACGGAGCUAUGGGAGGACUUGAUUAAUUUUUCACUGGAUAAGCCUAGCUAUAUUACAAUUUUAUUAUGCAACAUUGGAACAUAUGUCGAUCCCCGCAUUCUUAUUCAAAAGAUUGAAAACGGGCGAGAAAUUCCAGGAUUACGAGAUUGUUUGGUUAAAAUUUUACAGGACUACAAUCUACAGAUGGAAUUGCAGGAGGGUUGCAAAAACAUCUUGGUAGGCGACUGCUUGUCAUUAUUUCAGACAUUGGUUAGGACUCAAUUGAAGGGGGCUUGUUUAGAAGAAGAUCAAGAAUGUGGGUCAUGCCAUAAAGGAAUAUUAGUCGGAGAUAAUUCUGGUGAAGAUUCCAAUUUGCUCUAUUUCUUUUGCAAACACAUUUUCCAUGUUUCGUGCAUAUCGAGCUUUGAUUACCAGAACUGUAUCAUUUGUAAUCUCCCACGACGUGCGACUGGUCUUCUGGAGAAACUGUGAUAAAUUGUGCCGAGAGAGGAGUAUCAAGCAUUCAAAAUGUUAUUUCUACACAUUCUAAACUUUCAAGUCUGAGAAUAUCGAGCCCAUGCGAAUUAUGGAGCAAAUUUGAUUUGUUGUCAAAGGUUGAAGAUACACAACAUGUUAAAUUAGAUUUGGACUUCAAAACACAUUCUGCAAAACUUGUUCUUGUUCUUCCCUUCGUGUCUUUUGUGGAUGUGGGUGGUAGAGAAAUUCCAACAGGUACGUGUGUACAUAAGGUCUAAUUAAAUGAUAUUAUUACCCAACCUGUUUGCCUGGAGGCGGUUGGUGGAUGAAAUUCAAUCACAAUGGCUGCCUAUUAUUUUAAAAUAAUACGAGAGAACGGUUCUAUAAGGAAAAUAUUUAUAUAAUAAUUAAACUCCGUGUUCACAUCUAUUUUAACCAUUUUACAUUUUAUAGCCCCCGAGAGAUUACAUUUGCUUGAAGCUAGGGUGUAAGUUCUCUCGCUCUUUCUAAUUAAUUAUUAAACUGUCUGUAUUCUUAAAUCAAACGUACGCUCAAUCAUUGUAUUUAUUAUUUCAAAAUAUUGCUACAUACUUAUUAUUAUGGUUAUUAUUUAUUACUUUGUGAAUAUACCCGAGUCAGAUAAUGAGAAUAAAGUGUGGCACUGAUUUUAAGAAUAAUACCACAAAA